AUGGGGAAGAAAACCAAGCGGACAGCUGACAGCUCUUCCUCAGAAGAUGAGGAGGAGUACGUUGUGGAGAAGGUGCUAGACAGGCGUGUGGUCAAGGGGCAAGUGGAAUAUCUACUGAAGUGGAAAGGCUUUUCCGAGGAGCACAAUACUUGGGAACCUGAGAAAAACUUGGAUUGCCCUGAGCUGAUUUCUGAGUUUAUGAAAAAGUAUAAGAAGAUGAAGGAGGGUGAAAAUAACAAACCCAGGGAGAAGUCAGAAAGUAACAAGAGGAAAUCCAAUUUCUCAAACAGUGCUGAUGAUAUCAAAUCCAAAAAAAAGAGAGAGCAGAGCAAUGAUAUCGCUCGGGGCUUUGAGAGAGGACUGGAACCAGAAAAGAUCAUCGGGGCGACAGAUUCCUGUGGUGACUUAAUGUUCCUAAUGAAAUGGAAAGACACAGAUGAAGCAGACCUGGUUCUUGCAAAAGAAGCCAAUGUUAAAUGUCCACAAAUUGUGAUAGCAUUUUAUGAAGAGAGACUGACGUGGCAUGCAUAUCCUGAGGAUGCAGAAAACAAAGAGAAAGAAACAGCAAAGAGUUAA